CUUCAGAGAAAAAAACUGAUCUGAGCUUCCUUCCUUCCUUCCUUUCUGUAGCAAUGGCGCAUGCUCCUGUAAUGUUUCUAUUGGGGCAACUUUCAACCUUGAUCCGUGAUGAGUACUCACUGCUGGGAGGGCUCAGAGAAGAUGCAGAAGACAUCAGAAAUGCUUUGGAUCGCCUAACGGCUGCCCUGAGAGUCGCCGAUGAGAUGGAAGAAAUUGAUCCUCAAGUUCAAGCCUGGGUGAGGAUAGUUCGGGAGCUAGCUUAUGAUACCGAAGAUGUUCUUGACGAAUUCCUGUUCCGAUUUGGAGGUCGCCAGAGCUGUGGAGGAUUCUACACUAAGAUCGACAACACAUACACUUCCCUCAAGAACUUGAGAGCCCGGCGCAGGCUUGCUCUUGCACUGCGAAGGAUCAAGGCCAAAGUCAACGAGAACUCGCAAUAUCAGCCAAGCUUGCCAACAACCUUUCCGGGCACUGUUCAUCACACCCACAACAAAAGGAUGUAUGAUAGUAGAGGGGAUGCUCGUUUGGUAGAAGAGUCGGAUCUGGUAGGUAUUCACUAUCCCAAGCAAUUUCUUGUUAAUCUCUUACUUGCUAAUGAUGAGGAGUUGAAGGUCCAUUCUGUAGUGGGCACUGGGGGAUUGGGAAAGACGACUUUGGUUAAACAGGCCUACGAUGAUGCGGAAGUGAUAAAUCACUUCCAGUAUCGUGUGUGGGUUACGAUUUCUGAAACAUUCGAGAUUAAGGAGUUGUUGAAAGAUGCAAUUAAGCAAUUUGUGGGGCAAACUAAGCAAGGUCUCCCUCAGGACUUUGAAACCAUGAGUUCUACUCGAUUGAAAGAAUUUGUCAAGGAGAUUCUUUCGGGUCGAAGAUACAUCAUUGUUUUCGACGACAUAUGGGGCAUUAAUGCUUGGAUGGAAAUCAAAUGUGUUCUUUCUAAAGAGGCUUUUGGUAGCCGUGUAGUUAUCACUACGCGGAAUAGUGAAAUAGGUGCCCAGGCUUGUCAUGAUACCCGCGGUGUUCUAUACUCUUUAAAGCACUUGUCUCCUGAAGAUUCUUGGACUUUGUUUUGCAAAAAGACAUUCUUAUGUGAUUCAUGUCCACAACACUUGGUUAAUAUAACCACAAACAUCUUAAACAGGUGUUGUGGUUUACCCCUAGCAAUUGUGGUGAUUGCGGGGGUGUUGGCCACAAAGAAUGAGGACAUUAAAGAAUGGGAAAGAUUCCAGCAAAGUCUCAACAUCCAAUUAGUAGAAGGCAAUGACAUGAUGAAGAACAUGAAGAAUAUACUUUCUCUCAGUUACUAUGAUUUACCAUAUUAUCUAAAGUAUUGUUUCUUAUACUUGUGUGUCUUCCCAGAGGAUAUCAUCAUCCAAAAAAAGCAAGUGAUUCGAUUAUGGAUUGCAGAAGGAUUUGUUAGAGAGAACAACCAACAAGUAAAAGAAGAAGUUGCUGAAGCCUAUCUUGAUGAAUUACUUCAUCGAAACUUAAUCCAAAUUGGAAGGGAAACUAAGAGUGGAAGGGUUAAGGGCUUUCAAGUACAUGACAUUUUACGAGAAGUUGUUCUUUCAAAGUCAAUAGAGCAAAAGUUCGCAACCAUUGCUAAUGGACGAAACAUAGAAUCAUUCAACAAGUUUCGACAUCUAGCAAUUCAUAGAUUAGAUGACCACAUUAUGAAGAGCACUUCACCAAAAAAGCAUCUUCGUUCUUUAUUGAUCAUGGAAUCCCUUUCAAGUUCGACGGUGUCAUUUUUGUUAUCAAAGUUGUUGACGGGCAGUUAUAAUCCUCUAAAGGUCUUGGAUUUAAGAGGUACUCAACUAGAGGAAAUUCCAGAGCAAGUUUUUAACUUGUUUCAAUUGAAGUACUUGAGUUUGAGGAAAACAAAGUUGAAAAGCGUUCAUAAAUCUAUAGGACGUCUUCAAAACCUAGAGACACUUGAUCUAAAACACACUUGUGUGGUUGAGUUACCAAAUGAACUCUCAAAACUUUGUAAACUUCGGCAUCUUCUCGUGUACCGUUACUUAUAUAAGGGUGGGAGGAUUAACCCUUGGAUUAAUGGUGGUACAGUACAAAGCUGUAAUGCUCUAUUUAAGAUUGGAGAAUUACAGUUUUUACAAAAGUUGUGUUAUAUACAAGCAAGUGAUACUAAGGAUAGCAAAGUAGUGUUUGAGAUUGGAAAGCUAACACAACUAAGAAGACUAGGAGUUACUACGCUGAAACAAGAAGAUGGCAAAGCAUUAUGUUCGUCUUUGAAAAGGUUGACAAACCUUUGUUCUUUACAUCUUUCGUCGGCUUCAGAAGAUGAGAUCCUUGAUAUUACAAUUGAUGUUCCUCUUCGCCUUCAUCAAUUAAAAUUGAUGGGUCGUCUUGAGAGCGCACCUCAAUGGUUAUCCUCACUUGUAGGUUUGACCCAUCUAUUUUUAAUAUGGAGUAGACUUCCUGAAGAUCCCCUACCAUUUCUCCAAGAUCUACCCAUGCUUGCACGUCUUGAUCUUGUAAAGUCUUAUGAAGGGGAAGGCUUGUGCUUCAAUGCCGAAAAGUUCUCAAAGCUCAAGUGUCUCUAUAUUAGUGACUUUGAGGCACUGAAAUGGAUAAGAAUGGAGGAAGGUGCAUUGUGCCAUCUUGAAGAGUUUUUCUUGGGUAAAUGCAAAUUGCUUCAAAAGGUGCCUCUAGGUAUUGAACAUUUGUCCAAUCUUAAGACAAUUCAUAUACAUAAAUUGGCUGCCAAAUUGAUGAUAACUUUAGAGACAAAUGGUGAAAAUUGUGGAAACUAUGCAAAAUUAUCUCACAUCCCACAAAUUUACACUUCCCGAUUCAUAGGUGGUAAGCUGACAAUUUUUUUAAAUGGUCAGGAAAUUUAGUAUCUGUUAAUGCACAUGUAAUUUCUAUUAAUUUUUUUAAUUAAUUAAUA